AUGACUAAGAUUGGAAAAGAGCUGGGAGAAGUCUAAGCCCAGGUAGAUUUCCAUUGUGACAAGAUGGAAUAUCUCGAGAACCAGAGCCGUCGCAACAAUAUUAGAAUUGAUGGAAUCCCUGAGGAACCCGAUGAAACUUGGAAAGACACUGAAAGUAAAGCUAAAGUGGCGCUAGAAUCCAAACUCAAUCUUCCUUUCAAGGUGGAAAUCGAGCGAGCUCAUCGCACUGUUAAAGUUAAUCGGCGCUCUGACGACAACGCUUCAUCUACGCGUCCUCGUACAGUUAUUUGUCGCCUGGUAAGCUGGAAGCAAAAGGUCCAAUGUUAA